AUGCAAAACAUAUCUAUUCGUGUCGCGAUUGAAAACCGAUUUCUUCAUGUUAUUGUCGAAAGGAAUGGCCAAUCUAUAUCUGCUGGCGAAAUUGCCAAGGAAACGUCGUCCGAUAUUCUUUUGACAGUCCGUGUUAUGCGUGUCCUGACCGCUAUUGGACUAUGCGAUGAAGUCGGCAAUGAGCGAUAUGCUGCGAAUGAUAAAACACGAUUCAAGAUUCUUCCGGGGUCAAUUGCAGCUGAGAAGCACCACUUUGACCUAGAUUUCGGAAUGGGCGGCAAACUUGUGGAAUACAUGCGCGGCCCAGGUAUCCAGCAAUUCGCGGACGAGCCCGAUGCUAUCACGCUUUUCAAGUACGCCCAUGGCACGGACGUAAUUUUUGGCCUCCUAGAGAAAAAUGCGGAACAGAAGAAAGCAUUCGAUGACUAUAUGGCUGCGCGUCGUAUUGACGAUAUGCCUCAAUGGUUUGAAAUCUACCCUGCAGCAGAGAAGCUCCAAGAUCUCCAUCCAGGACCUAAUGAUACACUCAUGGUUGACGUCGGGGGUGGGCCUGGUCAGGAACUUGCAAGAUUCAAGGAGCGAUAUCCCGAGAUACCGGGACGACUUGUUCUCCAAGAUUUGCCCUUGACUCUCGAACGUAUUAAAAAGAUUCCCGGUGGGAUUGAGACAAUGGAGUAUGAUUUCUUUACUCCCCAGCCUGUGAAAGGGGCUCGGCUUUAUUUCCUUCGCGACGUCUUGCACAACUGGUCUGAUGCCAAAAGCGCCCAAAUUCUAUCCCGAAUAGUCGAGGUCAUGGACCCUGAAUCUUCAACACUGUUGAUUGAUGAUUAUGUGCUUCCUGAUACUGGUGCUGAGCUCCGGGCUGCAGAAAUGGAUAUUCUCAUGUGGCUUCACACUGCGGGACUGGAGAGAACCGUGUCCCAGUGGAAGAAUCUCUUUGAUACGGUCGGUCUAGAUCUCGUGCAGAUUUGGAGUUCUAGCCGUGGAAACGAGUCAGUUCUUGAAGCUAGAGUACGUCGUUCGUAA